CUGUUUUCCAACUGCGUCUUCCACUGUCAGUUAUAAGAAAUAUGGGGACAGUGGUACAAGCCUGGUCCAAUGUCCUAGUCUGGGUGGCCUGUCUACUUCUGGCAUGUUCUGGAUCCAAAGUCACUCAGCCUGAAGUGACUACCUCUCUGGGUCGCGUGAGAGGCCGGCAGGUGGGUGUGAAGGGUACAGAGCGGCUGGUGAACGUCUUCCUGGGCAUUCCCUUUGCUCAGGCACCACUAGGCCCUCUGCGGUUCUCAGCCCCACUCCCGCCACAGCCCUGGGAAGGCGUGAGAGAUGCCAGCACCAAUCCCCCAAUGUGCAUGCAGGACGUAGAGAGAACGAGUAACAGCAGAUUCACCCUCAACCAAAAGCUUCAGAUCUUCUCUAUUUCUGAGGAUUGCCUGAUCCUCAAUAUCUACAGCCCCGCUGAGACCACUGCAGGGGCCAAACUGCCGGUCAUGGUAUGGAUCCAUGGGGGUUCUCUGGUAGUUGGCUCUGCCACCUCCCAUGAUGGAUCAGCCCUGGCUGCCUACGGGAACGUGGUCAUAGUCACUGUCCAGUACCGUCUCGGCAUCUUUGGCUUCCUCAGCACCGGAGACAAGCACAUGCCUGGCAACCAAGGCCUCCUCGAUGUGGUGGCCGCUCUACGCUGGGUGCAGGGAAACAUAGCCUCCUUUGGGGGUGAUCCCAACUGUGUCACUAUCUUCGGUAAUUCUGUUGGUGGCAUGAUCGUCUCAGCCCUGGUCCUGUCUCCAGUGUCUGCGGGGUUAUUUCACAGAGCCAUAUCCCAGAGUGGGGUUAUUACCAACAAGAUAUUGAAGGAGAUAAACCCAUGGCCUGAAGCUCAGACUUUAGCCAACUCCUUGGGCUGCAGCUCCGUGUCCUCAGCUGAGCUGGUGCAGUGUCUGCUACAGAAGGAAGGAAAGGACCUUAACAACCAGCAGAAAAACGUGAAAAUUUCCUACAUAAGUAAUGACUCCUUCUUCCCACAAAGCCCAGAGAAGCUCCUAACAGAGAAGAAAUUCCCCACUGUGCCCUACCUCCUGGGAGUCAACAAUCAUGAGAUUGGUUGGCUCAUGCUCAAGGUCUGGAACAUCCUGGAGAAGUUGGAACACUUGAGCCGGGAGGAGCUGCUGGAGAUUUCAAGGCCCUUUCUGACUAGUAUGGAGGUGCCCCCUGAGAUUAUGCCCCUCGUCAUAGAUGAAUACCUAGACAAAGGCUCAGAUGCACCAGCCAUGAGGUAUGCCUUCCAGGAAUUGGUAGGUGAUACCGUGUUCGUCAUUCCUACCUUGAUCUUCUCAAAACACCUCCAAGAUGCUGGGUCCCCUGUCUUCUUGUACGAGUUCCAGCAUACCCCCAGUUCUUUUGCGAAGUUCAAGCCAUCCUGGGUAAAGGCUGACCAUGGGUCUGAGAGUCCCUUUGUCCUUGGAGGUCCUUUCCUCACAGAUGAGAGCAACUUUCUGGCCUUCCCAGAGGCCACAGAGGAAGAGAAACAGCUGAGCCGGACCAUGAUGGCCCAAUGGACCCAGUUUGCACACACAGGGAACCCCAACGGCAAGGGGUUGCCCUCUUGGCCCCAGUUAAACCAGUUAGAACAAUACUUGGAGAUUGGCCUACAACCACGGAUUGGGGUGAAGCUAAAGAAGAACCGGCUACAGUUCUGGACAGAGACACUGCCCCGAAAAAUCCAAGAGUGGCGCCAACAACAGAAGAGCAGGAAAGCGCCCGAGGAACUCUGAGGUGGGGCCUGCCUGGACCUUCCUCACUGGGGCCAACCCUAAGAGCGGUGGAGUCCCAGCAGAAGAGCCUCUUUCUGUUUCUACCCGGACACUUUAACCUGGACCAGGCAGAGCCUCUGCAGGACAGGCAUGGCACUAGUGAAAUGUCACCACACUGGUUUCUACCUCCGGACCCUUGCACAAGCUCCUGCUUUUUCCUGAGGUGUCUUGAGUCCUUGCUCCACGGCAAGGUCCAGCACACUAGUCAAGCUCUUCAGAGGGUCUCUUCUCCUGGGAAAGCGCCUCUGCCUUCUCUAGGCCCCAUGUGCCUAUUAGAACCUAUGGGAAAGCGCCUCUGCCUUCUCUAGGCCGCGUGUGCCUAUUAGAACCUAGCCUACCACACGCUCACAACAUCCACGUCUGUGUCCUUGUCCCUGCCAGAGAAGGGCUCUGAAAAUAGAAGCUGUAACCUCACUCUGUCACCACAGCAAGAUUAGGCAGGACCUGGAAGCAGGGAGUGUUUCAUAAAUGACUGACAGAAUCUAUGAUCGUGGAUUCUAGAUUUGAACCCAGACCCUUCUUCAGGCACCAAAACCAAUGUUCCAUCCCCGACAAAUGUCCACCCUGGCCAGGAAGGUGACCUCUAAAGGUGGAGGUCUUGGAGCACAGGGAGCCCUAGCUUCGAACAGACCUAGCACCUAGAGGUCUCUAACCAGGACCUAGACUCCUCCUCUCUGCUGACUGGUCUGCGCCUCCACACAAGGCAGAACAGAAUCCAGCAAGGUCGCCCUCACCAGAUACAAUCUUUCCCUUUAGGGCCCGGCCUCCAAUCUUACACACAAAGGGCAGGGACUCCUCCCUCGCCUCCCAGCAGCAGAAGACAAUGGCAACAGUCUGCCUGCACCUCAGGGGAGCUCCAGGACACAGCAGUGAAGGCCAAGACCAAGGGUCUGGACUGGUACAGCCCUCAGGUUUUCAGAGUAGGCUAUUCACGUCCUUUUUAAGAAUCAGUGUCUCAUCCCCUUAAAACAUCUGGAUUCCGAGACUGGGGAGGAGGGUACCACAGAGACAGAGCCUUGCUCAGUGUGCAAGAGGGACUAUUCGAUGCCCAGCACACACUCCAAACAAAUCUGGAUUUUGAUCGACUUCCAAAUGUCUUGCCCUGACCACACUCCCCCAUUCUACGAGCCCCAGUCCCAUCCAUAGCUUCUCGGUCAGACUGUAUCGUGGCUGCUGAUGGGUCUACGGAAAAUGUUUGUACCGGAAGCAGUUAUGCUCUGGGAAAUCGCUAGGAGCAAGGAGAGACGCAGAGCAGAGGGGCUCUGAGCCUUGGCACUCCCCCUAUUCCGGAGUUCCCCAUGAUUUUCUGGUCCUCUUGGGAUGAGUUCGAGGUCUUCCCAGUGCACUAAAGGUUUGCUGCUCUCAACCCCUUCUCCCACCAAAGAAGUUUGUCCCCAUAAGCUGACAGGGAGCCUGGCAGCUAUGAAGAGGGACCCAGUGUGUGUUUUUGGUGACACAAGAGAGCUGUGACAAAUAGGCCAUGUCUGACUUGGGGACAGAGGGCAUCUAAGCCAAGACCUAAAAGAUAAGCAGAGGUUACUCAAAUGGGCAAGCCAAAGUAUAAACAGUGAGAAGCACGGGGCAAAGGAGGUCCUUGGCAGAGGACUCAAUCGGAGAAAGGCCUUAAAGCAGUGGUUCUCAACCUCCCUAACCCUGCGACCCUCUAAUACAGUUCCUCACAUUACAGCAACCCCCAGCCGUAAUGUUAUUUUUGUUGCUACUUCACAACUAUAAUUUACUACUGACGUGAAUCACAAUGUAAAUAUUUGAUAUGCAGGAUAUCUGACAUUUGACCCCUGUGAAAGGGUCAUUCAACUCCCAAAGAGGUCACGAUCACCAGGUUAAGAACAGCUGGCCUUGAGGAAGACGCUGAGGCAAUACUACUCUAUUUGGACAGAGUGAGAUUAGAUUAUCAGGGACCUUGACUGUGAUUGGGUCUUGGACUUACGAGCAAGAGGACCCCAGGAAGACUCUACUCAGGAGUGACAUGAAUGGAUGUACUGUGCAGAAGAGGGGGCAGGACAGUAGAGUCGGGAAGGGAAAGCAGGGGGAUCCAGUGCAUUUUCCAAGAUGGAAACCACUGGUAGGCUCCUUUGUUUUGUUGAGACAAGAUCUCACUUUGUAGCCCAGGUUGGCCUGAAACUCACUGUGUAACCCCAGCAGGCCCCAAACUCACAGCUCCGGCCUCAGCUUCUCAUGAGCAGGGGUUGCAGGUGUGCGCCACCCCAGCAGGUUUCUGGUGGGCUCUUGAUUGACAGCCAUCAGACAUGAUGACUAACGAGAUGCAGAGGUGAGGGGAAAAGACUCUUGGGAUCAAUGUUCGCAAAGGAGCUGCUCAGGGAGACGAGGGUCUGAUGCGCAAUGGCUCUGCCCCCUGGCCUCAGGCUAUUCCACACCCACUUUGAUGCUGCCAACUCCACAGGUUCCUGGAGAAGGGGAAAGAAUCCACUGGUGAGGUCUCAGCACCUGCCUGGUAAGAGCCUCUCUGUACUCGAGGAGGAAUAACAUGGCUGGAAGAUUCCCUGGGA